GUGAGCUAUUGCGUCUUAAGUAGAGCCCCGCAAUGACCUUUAUCCUCGGCACAAACUCACUUACAGCAUCAUCAAGCACUUGUUUCUUCAACAUUGAGCAACAUACAUUAUCUUGAAAAUGGCGACUGAGGCUACUGUUCGCAAAUUCUUUGCAUCGUCCGCUUAUGCUGUGGCUGGUGCCAGCUCCAACCCUGCCAAGUUCGGACACCGCGUCUUUGCUUGGUAUCUCCAUCAUGACUUACCAGUAACUCCCAUCAACCCGGGCUCAGAGACCAUCAACGCUUUGAACAAGGACCACCCUACUGUUCCUAGUGUGACCGCUCUUUCAAACCCUACGCAGACAUCUCUGUCAGUCAUUACUCCACCAGCAGCGACCCUAAAGGUGCUUCAGGAGGCAAAGGAGAAGGGAAUUCCGUCGGUGUGGCUGCAGCCUGGCAGUUUUGACGAUGCUGUCCUCAAGUUUGCCAACGCUCCUGGGACGUUUGAAGCUGUUGUUGCUGGUGAUGGUGGCCGAGGCCAUGAGGGAUGGUGUAUCUUGGUUGAUGGUGAGCGAGGACUGAAGGCUGCUGGCAAGCUGUGAUAGAUCAAUGUACAGGGUGUCAAGUCAUGAUUGACGAGUCAGGUUAUUACGAUUUACUUGCCAAUUUUGCUUCUUCUUAUGUGAUUGAUGGUAAUGCUCAGAGUAUAUGGAGUACGGAGUAGCCAUUGGGCCAAUUGAAUGAUAAUAAUAGGUAGGUAUAUAUCGACUUAGGGAUAUCUCGGAAUAGACAGUCGUCUAGUUAACCCCAACAUCAUUGAAAUAUUUUCGCCUG